AUGUGGGUACUGCAGGAAGUUAAUGAAUUUAGUAAAACGAGCGUUAUGUCGAUACCCGAUACACUUGAUUGGAGAAAAAACGGUAUUAUUACUAAUGUGAAACAAGAAGGAAGAAAUUUCUUAGGUUCAAGCAUAGUAGCUGUCGAAUUGAUCGAGAGUUUACAUGCAGCCGAAACAAAACAAUUGGUCGAGGGAAGUAUUGCUCGAGUAGCCGACUGUUGUCCUCAGUCACAAGAUGUAUUUGAAUGCAUCAAAAAAUUAGGUGGAAUAUGCAGUGUCUCCGAUUAUCCGGAACCAAAAGGAAAAUGCGAGAGUAAUGCAUGCAAGCCAUUUGCAACGUUACAGUUGGUUGGAUAUGGAAAAACUGAUUUUGGUGAUUUGUACUGGAUUUGUAAAAACAGUUGGGGCGUUCAAUGGGGUGAAAUAAGAUGUUCAAAUAGGACAAAUGUACGAAUGAAUUAG